AAAGACCUCAUACACUCACGCAGCGAUUUCAGACACUUAGACCAGCGCUUCGUCACACAGACUUUAUCAGCGGUUUUAUUGCCACAGGUUAUCCCAUUGUGUCUCUCUUUGUCUGGGCUGAAUCUCCACUGUCCGCUCUGGGACUUGGCUUGGCUCUACCGUCUCUCAACCCCUCUCCCCUACAGCACCCGGAGGGUGGGACAGACUUCUUGCUGACCCACAAUGUUUCUGGUUCUUGUUGUGACGCCGGAACUAAGGGAGUUCUUGGCCAGAGCAAGGGGUGGAGCUGUCCGCCUCAUCAAGGUGCGGAUCCAGGAUGAACAGCUGGUGCUUGGGGCAUUCAGAGAACCGACACAGAGCUGGGACCAGGACUAUGACCACUUCCUACUUCCUCUGCUGGACGACCAGGAGCCUUGCUACAUCCUGUACCGCCUCGACUCCCAGAAUGCCCAGGGAUACGAGUGGAUCUUCAUCUCCUGGUCUCCUGACCAAUCUCCAGUGAGACAGAAGAUGCUGUACGCUGCCACCCGUGCCACAGUGAAGAAAGAGUUUGGUGGUGGUCAUGUGAAGGAUGAGAUGUUUGGCACAGUGGAGGAGGACAUCUGUCUCGAGGGCUACCACCGUCACGUGUCCUCCAGCUCCGGCCCUGCCCCACUCACAGCUGCUGAACAGGAGCUGCGGAGAAUCAAAAUCAACGAGGGAAGGGUUAAGCAGGUGAAAACAGAGACCAGUGUGGAGAGUAAGCACCAAACACUGCAGGGCCUUGCUUUCCCACUGCAGGAGGAAGCCAAACAGGCACUACAACAACUUGCACAAAAAGGCAUCAACUACAUACAGCUGAAGUUGGACACAGAGAAAGAGACUAUAGAGCUGGUCCAUUCCGACCCGACAGAGACCCGUGAGCUGCCUUGCAGGGUUCCCACGGACACGCCCAGAUAUCACUUCUUCCUCUAUAAACACUCUCACGAAGGGGACUACUUGGAAUCUGUUGUGUUCAUCUACUCCAUGCCAGGAUACAGCUGUAGCAUUAAGGAGCGGAUGCUGUACUCUAGUUGUAAGAGUCGACUGCUGGAUGAGGUGGAGAAGGAUUACCAUCUGGAGGUUGCCAAGAAGAUGGAGAUUGACAGUGGGGAUGAGUUGACAGAGGAGUUCCUGUAUGAUGAGGUCCAUCCUAAGCAGCAGGCCUUCAAGCAGGCCUUCGCCAAGCCUCGUGGCCCAGCAGGGAAGAGAGGCAACAAGCGUCUCAUCAAGGGCCCAGCGACUAGGGAGAGCAGGCCGGAGAGCUAGAGAGAGGGACAGAGGUCGUCUCGGCAGCCCUUCCCUGAAUCCUCCUCCUGUUGCCACGUCCUCUGGCAGCUUGUUUGGCCACGAAGAAGGAAAAGGAGAAGAACAUGGAGGGAUUUCUGUCAUUUUUUAUUUCCCCCUGCCUUUGCUUGUGUUUUAACAAUGUGUCAAUAAUGUAUGUGCUAUUCAUGAACAUCAACUAUAGCAGUGGUUCCCAAACUGUGGGGGAGCGAAAGGUCAGCAUGGGGAAGAAGAGGGGUCGGCAGAGGGAACUCACUCUGGCUUUCAACUUACUCCAAACUUACUCUGCAGUUUCGAUAUUGGGUAGUGCAUCAGCAGAAUGUGUAGAAUUGCAGGAAAUUUGUUUUAAAAUGGCAACAUUUUCUCUGCAUCCCAUAACAAAAUGUAUAGAAUUAUGGGAAAUAAGCUUUAAUCCUACAAAAUUUCAAGAACAUUGCUUGUGCCCAUAGAAAUAGAUGUGGCUUGCUUGUGCGAUAGGGAGGGUGGGAUGUUACCCAGUAAAAAAGUUUGGAAAACCCUAAACUAUAGGAUAAAACUAAGGAUUUCACUUGAUUCUUCUCAAUAUCUUUCCGUGUCACUCUUAAACACAACAUCCUACACAUAUACACAGAUGGAUAGACAGAUGGACUGACAGAUGGACUGACAGAAAUUAAAGACCAGUGGGUGGUCUUACAGAUACCUCAGCCGAGUUUCUCUAUCGCUAAUGUCAGAUACAGGAGAAGCAUGUCUCUCUAAUGUAUUGUCCAUACAUUGCUUGUUGCCACUAAAUGUUUUGUAUCAAACACGUUUUUAUAAACAGAUGAUACUAAUGAGAGGAAUGCCAAAUAAAAUAUAGUUUUUUUUUC